CCCGCCGCGCCACCGGAGCCCGCUGCCCCCCCCCGCCCGCCCCGGCCCGCCCGUUCUUCCCCCCCCUUCCCUCCCGCCGCAUCCCUGCGCCCGCCACCCGCAGCCUCGCCCGGCUGUGUGCGUGUGUGUGCCCCCCCCGGAUCCUUCCCCAGCUGCUGCGGACCCCCCCGGCACGGCGACAUGGCCCCUGUCGGACUCAAGGCUGUGGUGGGAGAAAAGAUUAUGCAUGAUGUGAUCCGGAAAGUGAAGAAGAAGGGCGAAUGGAAGGUGCUGGUGGUGGACCAGCUCAGCAUGCGGAUGCUCUCCUCCUGCUGCAAGAUGACCGACAUCAUGACCGAGGGCAUCACCAUUGUUGAAGACAUCAACAAGCGCCGGGAGCCGCUGCCCAGCCUGGAGGCCGUUUAUCUCAUCACCCCUUCUGAGAAGUCCAUCCACUCCCUCAUCAACGACUUCAAGGAUCCCCCCACCUCCAAGUACCGAGCUGCCCAUGUCUUCUUCACUGACUCCUGCCCCGACGCCCUCUUCAACGAGCUGGUGAAAUCCCGCGCUGCCAAGGUUAUCAAAACCCUGACGGAGAUCAACAUCGCCUUCCUCCCCUCCGAGUCCCAGGUUUAUUCCCUGGAUUCGGCCGACUCCUUCCAAAGCUUUUACAGCCCCCACAAGGCCCAGAUGAAGAACCCGAUCCUGGAGCGGCUGGCGGAGCAGAUCGCCACGCUGUGCGCCACGCUGAAGGAGUACCCGGCUGUGCGGUACCGGGGGGACAACAAGGACAAUGCGAUGCUGGCGCAGCUCAUCCAGGACAAGCUGGACGCCUACAAGGCUGAUGACCCCACCAUGGGUGAGGGUCCGGACAAGGCUCGUUCCCAGCUCCUCAUCCUGGACCGUGGCUUCGACCCUGCGUCCCCGGUGCUGCAUGAGCUGACCUUCCAGGCCAUGAGCUAUGACCUGCUGCCCAUCGAGAACGACGUCUAUAAGUACGAGACGAGCGGCAUCGGGGAAGCCCGGAUCAAAGAGGUUCUCCUGGAUGAGGAUGAUGACCUGUGGGUCACCUUGCGCCACAAACACAUCGCCGAGGUGUCCCAGGAGGUGACCCGGUCCCUGAAGGAGUUUUCUUCGAGCAAGAGGAUGAACACAGGCGAUAAGACCACCAUGAGGGACCUGUCCCAGAUGCUGAAGAAGAUGCCACAGUACCAGAAGGAGCUCAGCAAGUACUCGACCCAUCUGCACCUGGCCGAGGACUGCAUGAAACACUACCAGGGCACGGUGGACAAGCUCUGCCGAGUUGAACAGGACCUGGCCAUGGGCACUGAUGCUGAAGGCGAGAAGAUCAAGGACCCCAUGAGGGCCAUUGUCCCCAUCCUGCUGGAUGGGAACGUCAGCACCUAUGACAAGAUCCGCAUCAUCUUGCUCUACAUCUUCCUGAAGAACGGUAUCACUGAGGAGAACCUGAACAAGCUGAUCCAGCACGCUCAGAUCCCAGCAGAGGACAGCGAGAUCAUCACCAACAUGGCCCACCUCGGGGUGCCCAUCAUCACAGACUCCACCCUGCGCCGCCGGAGCAAGCCGGAGCGGAAGGAGCGGAUCAGCGAGCAAACCUACCAGCUCUCCCGAUGGACCCCGGUCAUUAAGGACAUCAUGGAGGACGCCAUCGAUGACAAGCUGGACACCAAGCACUACCCAUACAUCUCCACCCGUUCCUCUGCCUCCUUCAGCACCACCGCUGUCAGCGCUCGCUAUGGCCACUGGCACAAGAACAAGGCCCCCGGCGAGUACCGAAGCGGCCCCCGCCUCAUCAUCUUCAUCCUGGGCGGUGUCAGCAUGAACGAGAUGCGCUGCGCCUACGAGGUGACACAAGCCAGCGGCAAGUGGGAAGUGCUAAUAGGUUCUACUCACAUUCUCACUCCCACCAAAUUUCUCAUGGACCUGAGGCACCCCGACUUCAGGGACUCUACUAGGGUGUCAUUUGAGGAUCAGGCUCCAGCAAUGGAGUGAGCCAAAGAAACCAAGGUCCACACACAUCCUCACCCCACAGAAGCUGCUGGACACGCUGAAGAAACUCAAUAAAACAGAGGAAGAAAGCAGCAGUUAAAAGGAAACGCCGCCACCGACUCGAUGCUGAAUUCGCCCCCUUGCCGGGCGCGCAGCCCCGGGUGCGACCCCCCCGCACCCACCCCAGCCCGGCCCCGCUUUCUUGUGUUGACUCCCCGCCCCUCCCGCUGCCUUCCCCAUCUCAUUUUAUCCACAGGGAGGGGACAACAGCCAAAACCAAAAUAUAUAUAUAUAUUAAGAAAACCGAUGCAUUGUGUUUAAAAGAGGAAAAGGAAAGAAUAUCAAUAUAUUUGUAGCUGCAGCUGUCUGAAGCACCCAGGAGCGCAUUGCUGAAUAACCCAUCUGCCCAUUGCUAGCGAAUGAUGGUGACAAAAAAACAACCGGAAAAAUACCAUUGUCCAAAAGUUUUGCUCCUCAUUGGGGUCAUGUAUGGAUGAACGUAUGGACACGCCAUCAUCACUCCGGCCUCUGCUUUGGGGGGGGUCCCCGCCACCAUCGCCUGCCCCUUGUCUUUUGGGGUGGCAGGUGCUCCCACCAGAUGUGCACGCCAACAUCUGGCCUGGGGCGGGGAGGGGCUGCACCCAGGAUGCUUCACGCUGUGGCAAUUCCCAUGCGAAAAAGGGACCAAAACGGUCAAAACCUGGAGACGGGGCCCAUUUGCUCGCAUGGCCCCACCCCCCCCCCUUCCCCAGGUGCUCCUUAGAAUGCAUAUAUAUAUAUAUAUAUAAAAUAAAAGUUUAAUUUAUAUCUAUCCCUCUCCAUCCCACGGCAGCUCGGCCCCCCCGUGCCCGGCUCCGCUCGUGUCGUCCCGUGGUGAAGCGUUUCUGAGCGUGCUGUCGCCCCGAGACCCCCCCCUGGACUCUGUGUAUAUUAAUGACUGUGUCUUGUGAUGUUCUUACAAGCUUGGUGUAUAGUGAUUUAAUCAAACCUCUGAUUUUAGUUCUUUCGGUGUUUGUUUUUUUUCUAAUUAUUAUUAUUUUUACACCCCAGGAUUGCCCCCCGCUCCCUCCCCCGCCAUUAGGUGCACUGCAAUAUUUUGGGGUCCAUCGUUUUGUUCUCUCCCUCUGAAGGCUGUGACCCCCCUUUUCCUUCCCCCAAAUCUCUUUCUUGCCUCGUUGGUGGUUAGGCCCCCCUCUUCCCUACCCAUCUGUUCCUUGCCCAUAAAGUUAAAUAUAUAUUUUUAGGGCAAAGGCUGUAUCAUUGCACUGAUAUUUGUUGAUUCCCCCUUGGUCCUCCCACCCCGUUUGAGUUCCUUCUCGGUUUAGCAAUGCAAAUGCUUCAGGUUCUUGUAUGUUGGACAUUAUCGUUUGGUUAUUAUUUUUUUUUUCUGUUACAGUUAUUUAUAUAAAAAAUAAUUUAUCAAAAAGGAAAACUAUAAAAAAAAAAACAACCAAUCUAGUCUGUCUUGGAACUUGUUUACCUUGAAAUUACUGGAAUCUAAAUGUUUGAAAGUGUUGAAGCACAAACAUGUAUCAUCUCUGUAUCUCUGUUCUUCUGUACUAAAGCACUCGAGUGAUUCAAUAAAAGCGAUUUCCAUCCCUAGUGCAA